GGGCUGAUUGGAGAAAAGAUUCGAGUGCAAGGAUGAUGCAAAUGAUUCUUUCUAGCUGUUUGCAAUAUUUCAAGGCGGUGGCUUAUGCAGUGAGAAAUUAUAUUUAUUUUAAAUUAAAAUUUUUUGAUUUUCGAGCGAAUGUUUUGGCAGGAGCAGCACCUGUAACAUGGGAGAACAAAGUUAACAUAUAAAGUUAAUAGUACAGUGUAAUCGUAUAAUUAUAUAUAUUCUGGACGGUGUAGGCGAGGAGGAGAAGAGGGGAAAAGGGGAAGGAGAGCAAUCUUUGCUUUGCUGAAUUAAGAGGCACGGGUAUGAAGUUCCUGCUCUAAUGGAGUAUUCCGGGUUAGUUCUAGAUGAGGAGGACCCUCUUUACUCAUGGCUAGAAGGUGGGGUGGAUUUUGGAGCAGCCCACUCAGCUCUCUUUCAGAGCUAUGGAUUUGAUCAGCCACAGGGUUUAAGGCCAGUUGCUCAGCAGCAGCAACAGCAGUAUCAGCAGCAGCAUCAGCAGCAGCAGCAGCAGCAGCAGCAGCAGCAGCAAUUGUCUCUCGAGAAGCAAGACCAGAUCCCGAGUUUGCUGUAUGGGCUUCCGAAUUUUGUCUCACAGCCGGAUCAAGUUCACAGCAGUGUCAGUGACCUCCAGAAGAAUUUAAUCUGGGCUUUACAACACAUGAACUUGUCCACGAGUGGACAAGUUCUGAUCCAGGUCUGGAUGCCUUACAGGGAAUCCAACACGGUGUUUCUAACCACCAAGGAUCAGCCGUACGUGAUGAGCAAGAGCUUUGACAAGUUCGUAAGGUACAGGAGCGCAUCGGUGAAGUUCAUUUUCCCCGUGAGGGAUGGAUUACAGGCAUACCCAGGGCUUCCAGGGCGUGUUUUCAUGAGCCAGGCGGCCGAGUGGACGCCCAAUGUCCGGUUCUACAGCUGCCGUGAGUUCUUACGAGUCAAGGAGGCCGUUAACUGCGAUGUCAAAGGUACUCUUGCAUUGCCUGUGAUGGAGGUCGGCUCUCGAGCCUGUGUGGCGGUUCUUGAAGUUGUUACGAGCAUAGAGAAAGUUCAGUAUGGGCCAGAAAUCGACGACAUCUCCAAUGCUCUCCGGGCUGUCAGCUUGGCCACCGUCUCAAGUGCUGCUCCUAUAUCGGAGAUACGUGAGAAUCGGCAAUCCGCGUGGCUUGAAAUCAACGAGGUGCUGAUGACGGUGUGCAGGACUCAUACCUUGCCACUAGCACAGGUGUGGAUUCCAGUUUCGAGCAACGGUGUGGUGAAGUUGGUGACAAAAGGCGCUCCUUUCUACGGAGAUAGCGGUUUCCGAAAGCCGUGCGCGGAGCAUGUACUGCUCAAGGGACAGGGGCUUCCCGGCAAAGCGCUUCUUUCGAUCCAGCCUGUUUUCAAAGAGGACGUCAGGAAAUAUAGCAAGGACGAGUAUCCGCUGGGACACUAUGCGCGGCUGUUCAAUCUUGUGGCAGCCGUAGCAGUGAGAUUCCGUAGCAAUCUCACCGGUGGAGAUGACUACAUCUUUGAGUUCUUCUUGCCGUUGAGCUGCAACUCAGGCACCCAGCAGCAGGACUUGCUGGACUCGAUGUCGAAAAGUCUCCAACGAGUUUCGAAAAGCUUGCGGACCGUCACACGUCAAGAGCUAGCAUUAGAAGCACCUGGUGCGUUUUCCGGAUCGCAGCAGCAGCAGCAGCAAGUUUUGAAGGCCGAGCUUCCAAAGCGGACGUACGAAUCUUCUGAAGUGGAGUCCGAGAUUGUAGAGGAGAGCAGUGUAACCUCGAGCAGCGUCACUGUUCGGAAAAAGGCCAAGCGUGGUGCGGCUGAGAAGAUGGUGUCAUUAAAUGUUCUCCAGCAGUAUUUCUCGGGGAGGUUGAAAGACGCAGCCAAGAGCAUUGGAGUUUGUCCUACGACGCUGAAAAAGAUCUGCAGACAACACGGGAUUGAUCGCUGGCCGUCACGCAAGCUCAAGAAGAUUGAUCGGCAAGUUAAGAAGAUCCAAAACAUGCUGAGCUCGGUACAAGGCUUGUCACCCGGCUCUACAGUGGUCAGCGUUGGAGGAGUGUCGUUCGGCGACGUGACUUCGUCAAGAAGUGGUGGUAUAGCAGCAGCAGCAUUAGCAACGACAGCAGAUUAUCAAAAGCAGGCACACACCAAAAGCACAAUCGAGCACGAAGUAUCGUCAUCGUCUCAGCUGCACAGGGACAAGUCGAGUUCUUCGCUGUCGAGCAACGAUCACAGCCCGGCGGAGCUGGAGAGGACUCCAACUCGGGACGACUCCUCGCUCUUCACCGUCAAGGUGAGGCACGGAAGCGACACCGUGAGAUUCAAGCUCCCGGUCGACCAGGCCGGAAUCGGCGAGUUCCGCGAAGAGAUCGCGACGAGGAUGAAUCUCCAAGGCCGGGAGUUUGGCCUCAAGUACAUGGACGAGGACGGAGAGUGGAUCCGGCUGGAAAACGAAGAAGAGUUUAGCGAGUGUAUGGGUGUGGUCCGGCACUCGGGUGGAAAGAUGAAAGUCCUCCUAGUGUUAUAGCAGUAGAUCUCUGAUUACGUUAUCGCCACCCAGAGAAAGGAAAAUCUAUCAUAUAGUUUCCAGCUUUGUGGGAAUUUUCUGACUGGAGAA